AAGAACCUCCAAACUGAUGAUCGAUGUCGAGCAAUUCGCUGCCGCCAUCGCAUCUCUCUAAUACAUCGCCGACGAACCCUACCGGCUAUGAUUCCACUUCGAAGAUAUCAUCGCCGGCAUCCUCCAGAGCCAAGCUCCAGAAAAGUCCUCCGAUUCCGAAUCGGUGGACUGCGAUAGAGGAUGAAGGCGAGCAAAGGAACGAGGAGGCGGUACGUAAACUAGAACAGGAGCGAACCGAAGAAGCUAAUCCUACGAUUUUGCUUGCAUCCUCUUUAGGGCUCAAUCACAUUCGGACUCGCUCGGCUUCUUCGCCUCUUCGGUUUCCGUCCUUGGCUGGCGCGUCUCCCAGUUCGAGCAAGGAUUGCAUCGGAACUGAGGAUCGAAUUGUAGUUUCAACGGAUUUGGGAAAGAGAAUAUAUGGAACUCAAAGUAAAUUAUCGAGAGCUCCUUCCCAUGCUGUUCCUCUCACGCAGGGUAACGAUGACAUAUUUGCCAAAGAAUUGCAGUCCCCGCGCGUUCAAGCAAUACUGCGCGUCACAAGUGGACGCAAGAAGAAACCUAUCGAUUUCAAAAGCUACUCUCAUGAGCUCAACUCAAGAGGAGUCAAAGCUUUCCCAGUUUGGAAACAUCGUGUAUUCGGGCAUAUCGAGGAGGUUGAGGUUGCAAUCAGAACUAAGUUUGGAAAGCUGAAGGAAGAAGUAGAUUCUGACCUAAGUGCUUUUGCCGGAGAUUUGGUGGGACUACUGGAAAAAACUUUGGGGUCUCAUCCUGAAUGUAGAGAGAGCUUGGAGGAUCUGUUAAUUGUUGCCCAACAAUGUGCAAUGAUGUCGCCCAGCGAGUUUUGGAUGAACUGCGAAGCCAUUGUUCAGAAUUUAGAUGACAGGCGUCAAGAGUUACCGAUGGGGAUUCUCAAGCAAGCUCAUACACGCCUACUGUUUAUCCUCACUCGAUGCACACGUCUCGUGCAGUUCAACAAAGAGAAUGGCUAUGAACAAGAUCACAUUCUGGGUCUUCACCAACUCAGUGAUCUUGGCAUUUAUAGAGAGCAAAUUUUGCAUGCUGUAGAACAUAAAUCCAUUGGUGGAAACGAGAUGGCUGAGGAACAGCGAACCAAGUCUGCAGUUAAAGAACCAGACAGUCAGAUAACUCAAAUUCAAACUGAUCGGAAUGUGAAUACUGCAACUGACACUUCCAGAAGUGGUGAUUCAACUGGAAGCGGCUAUAAGAUUUCAUCCUGGAAAAAGUUUCCUAGUCAUAUUGAGAAAAAGAGUGAAUAUAAAGGUCAGGAUGCCGAAGAUUUGCCGUCGAAGGAAGAACAGGAUCAGGUUCAUGUCAAAGAAGAAAAUGUCGAAAACGUGGAUACUGAUUCAUCCAAUCCUGAACAGUCAGAACUAUCCUCCAGAGCUCAAAAGGUACACUGGGGAUUCUGGGGAGAUCCCCACAAUCUAACAUAUGAGAACUCAAUGAUCUGCAGAAUAUGUGAGGUUGAAAUACCAAUUGUGUAUGUGGAGGAGCACUCUCAAAUAUGCACUAUUGCCGAUAGAUGUGAUUUAAAAGGUCUUAACGUGAAUGAACGGCUUGAAAGAUUUGCCGAAACUAUUGAAAAGAUAAUCGAAUCAUGGACACCAAGAAGCACACCUAAAAGCACCCCAAAAAGUACCCCAAAAAGUACCGACGGUCCUGGAGAAAGCUUUGAGAAUGCGAGAGUAUCUACUUCAAGUUUGCAUGAUGAGUUCAAUGAUUUAUCUCUCGUGAGAAACAGCUUAUCUCGUCGAGGCUCAGAAGACAUGCUUGAUUCUGUUCCCGAAGCUGACAAUACUUUUAUUAAGGAUGAUCUGAACCUUUUGCCAAAAGUGUCAUGUGAAAAAUAUUUCAAACACGAUCAAUGCUCAAAGAUGUCUUCAGUCGGAAGCUUGACACCCAGAUCACCAUUAUUAACCCCACGAACAAGUCAGAUAGAAAUGUUAUUAAGUGGGCGAAGAACAAUAUUGGAACUAGAGAGUUAUUUCCAGAUUAACAAACUAGUGGAAAUUGCUCGUUCUGUUGCAAAUGUGAAUGACUACAGAUCUUUGAACUAUGUAAGUCGUCGCGUAGAAGAACUUAAUCUCACCAUUCAGGACAGAAAGGUCGAUGCUCUCAUUGUUGAAACUUUUGGGCGACGCAUAGAGACUCUCUUGUCGGAAAAAUAUUUAUCUCUUUGCGAUCAACUAGACAACGAAAAGGUAGACUCAUCGAAUGGCUUGGUUGAAGAAGAGAGUUCAGUGGAAGAUGAUACUAUUCGAAGCCUUCGUGCUAGCCCAAUUCACCAUUGUUCUAGGGAUCGAACCUCCAUCGAAGACUUCGAAAUAAUAAAACCAAUAAGCCGAGGUGCAUUCGGACGAGUUUUCCUAGCCAGGAAAAGAGCAACCGGAGAUUUGUUUGCCAUAAAGGUUCUGAAAAAGGCUGAUAUGAUCCGCAAAAAUGCAGUUGAAAGUAUUUUGGCUGAGCGAGACAUCCUUAUAUCAGUUCGAAAUCCCUUUGUGGUUCGAUUUUUCUACUCUUUCACUUGUAGGGAAAAUCUUUAUUUGGUUAUGGAAUUUUUAAAUGGUGGAGACCUUUACUCUCUAUUGAGAAAUCUAGGUUGUUUAGAUGAAGAUAUGGCACGUGUAUAUAUUGCCGAAGUUGUGCUUGCAUUGGAGUAUUUACAUUCCUUACAUGUAAUUCAUAGAGACUUGAAGCCUGAUAACUUGUUGAUUGGCCAAGAUGGUCACAUCAAGUUGACAGAUUUUGGGCUCUCCAAGGUUGGUCUUAUUCACAGCACGGAUGACUUAUCAACUUCAUCAUUUUCUACUGAUGAUCUUGUAGGAAAUGAUGAACCAAAAAAAGAUCGUUCUUCAAAAGUCGAACAACGUCAAAAGCAGUCAGUUGUUGGCACCCCAGAUUAUUUGGCACCUGAAAUACUUCUCGGCAUGGGACAUGGUGCAACUGCAGAUUGGUGGUCUGUGGGUAUCAUCCUUUAUGAGCUCCUUGUGGGUAUUCCACCAUUUAAUGCAGAACAUCCGCACCAAAUUUUUGACAAAAUAAUUAACAGAGACAUACAGUGGCCAAAUGUACCUGAGGAGAUGAGCUAUGAAGCAUGUGAUUUGAUUGACAAAUUACUCGCAGAAAAUCCGGUCCAAAGAUUGGGAGCAACAGGAGCUGGUGAG